UAUGGAGACAAUAGGUGAGUACUCCAUUUGACUGAUUUUUAACUGAAUUGUGCAUAGAAAAAUGGGUUUAAGUACAUGAGACGGCAUAAUCAUAGAAACGAUAAGGGAAGCAGCCAGACUUCUGUUUCCUCUCGCCUUCGCAAGCAGUAGUACUACUCGUCUUCCUCCUCGGAUCCCCCAAGAUCGAGUCCACCGAUUCUGAUCCCCAUACCCAUGGGCGCUCGCCGAUCCCGAGAGAUCGUGUCUCCCCACCCCAGGGUGGUUUCCUGAUCCCAUCUGGGUUCCAAAGCCGCCGCCUUUGACGGGAAUUGCGGGCUGCGGUGGUUUGGCCGGGCAUGGACUCCGGCGCCAACAGCGCGAAUUCUGUCGGGGAGUCGGUGGCCGAGUCACCUGCGCCGGUGCCGGCUUCCCCGCCGAGCCAUCCCGCCGCCGCGGUCAAUAAGGGCCGUGGGCUACGGCGGUGGCGGCGUAUUCCCCGGGAGCACCACGAGGAGGGCUCCCCCGCCGGUGGCGGUGUUGCGGCCGCGGCCGCCGCCGCGAAUGAGGACUUGGCGCAGCUUCACAAGCGCCGCUUCCCUCUUGGUGCUGAUGCGCCCAAGGGGAAGCAGGACGCCGCGGCCGCCGUAGAGGUGGAGAGCCCCGUCGCUUCCGUGGAGUCCAGCUUCGCGCCGCCGGAGGCGCCGCCCUCGCCGGUCCAGACGAAGCUGGACCCGGAUCUCGGCUUCCUGAUCGCCUCCGCGGGCUUCUCGGUGGGCGCCGGCGGCGCCGACUCGGACAACAGCGACGACCGGACCAGCAAGUCCUCCACCAACGCCGCCGCCGCGCCGCGCCACGACUUCUCCUUCGGCGGCGGCUUCGGCCGCGAGCGCGACAGGCCGCGAUCCCGCGCCCCCGGCGCCGGGGCGCACGUCAAGGGCGUCCGCACGGCGCGCGCGCGCGCAGCUAGCUCCCGCGUUGCCUCCGCCGCCGCCUCCGGCGCGGUGGAACCGGAGAACUCGCGAUCCAGCGUUGAAUCCAAUCUCCGAAGCUCUAGCACUCCUCACGCUCCCCAAUCAAGCGCUGGCAUAAGCAGCAAUGGCGUUCACAAGGUUCUGUACGACGAUGCCGAGCACAGCGACGGCGAGCCUCCGAGCGAGGAGGCACGCUCUGGAGGAGCAGGAGGUUUCUAUAGGGAGAAUGGGAGUGUAGUAGGCAGAUUGGUAAAGGGGAGCAGCGAUUCCGAUGCCGAUGAUCAUCACUACGACGACGAAGGGAGUAUCGGCAAGGGCGAGAAUGGGGAAAUUCAUUCAGGUCUUGAUCCGUAUGCCCAGUCGAUUGCGAUGCUUCAGUCAACCGAGGAAGCAAUUGAGAAUGAGAUCCAGAAGUUCAUUGAACUGAGAAGUGAAACAUGUGAGAAUUCCACAAACAACCACAGUGAAACUGAAUGGAGCAGUUCAUGCCAUUUUGACGAGUCAGAACAACUGGGUGAGGAGUUGAAGCUUCUUGAGUCCAGGCUGGAAGAAGCUUCUGUGCUCAUCAGUGAUAAGGAUUCAAGAAUACUUGAACUUGAUGCUCUGAACCACAAACAACCAGAGAAACAUGUGGUAUGCAAUAGCGAGCUGCUAUCUCUGCAGUCUGAUAUGGAUCAAUUGUUCAUGGAGAAGAUGGAAGCAGAGACCCAAUGCUUCAUCCUGACAAGAGCAUCACAAGCUUGGAAACCCCCAACUGAGGAUCAAGCGGAUCUUUUGUACAUGCAGAAAUUUCUGCCUGAGGAUUGCAAAGAUCUGGAGGCUAAGCUACGACACACCGAGAACAGGGCAGUGAUGCUAGAGGAGAUGGUGGAGAAGCUAGAGGCGCAGUGCAAAGACCUUGCUAGGACUUCAGAAAUCCUGAAGCUGCAGGCUAGAGCAAAUAGAGCUCGGCUGUUUUGUUGCAUUCAGUUUGUUCUGCUGUGUAUCGCCGUAGGAACCUUCCUUGUCCGGCUAUUGCCCUCUUCUCCUGAAAUUGUACCUACCUGAGGUUAGAAAAUCCUGUGCUUAAUGAGCCUUUGUGUAGGCAUUCUUGAAAAGCUCUUCACUGUAAUUUACUAAGCAUUGGUCACCCUAUAAUUUUUCAGUUUGUAACAUCAACUCAAUUUUGCUAGUAAUUUCUUCCUUUCCUUGCUGUACUUCAUCACCAAUGUACUUCCCUUACCUGGAUUCUGUAAAUGUCAAAAAGGGUUCCUAUAUAAAUGUAUCUUUUUUGCAGACAGUAUAAAUUGAGACUGGAAACAGGUUCCAAAA